ACUUUCCCGGCCGGCAGCCAAUUGAUCUCGCGAGAUUUCGUUUCCCUUCUUAAGCGGGUGAGACGCUCCCGGCAUCCCUUCUUCCUCGUGCGCCUCCAGUAGUUGCGUUGUCUGUCUUGGUAAGAAAGGAAGCGCGUGAUAUUAAAGAAACAUUUAAGUCCGAGAGUGGUGGAUAAAACUGAGAAUUUGGAACGGAUUUUGAAGAAAGCCUCUCGUGAAAAUAUGUCUUCUGAUCCCAUUUUACCUUUGGCUUCAACUAGUUCAUUAGUAAACAAUGAAAGUGAUGACUCGGAUUCUAGCAACAGUUUAUUCAAAACUCAGUGUGAUCCCAUCUCACCCAGUCGAGAGACUAGAAACAUAUCUACCUGUAAUACAAUUCAUUUACCUCCAAAUACUUGGUUGAGAGAUUAUUCAAGUGACUCCUCUUCAGAACUAGAACCAUUUAAUUUGAAAGUUGUUUUUGAAAAUUGGAAGAAAAAGAAAAGGAAAAUACAAAAAAAGAAAAGAAAAUACAAGCCAUCUGGAAGGCCAAAGGGAAGGCCAAAAGGAAGCACUAAAACAACUCAAUCUUUAGCCGUUAUGUCGAAAAAGGACCUUUUCAAAGAUAAAGGUUUACAGUUCCCUUUGGUAGAAUCAGAGAAUGGAAGAAAACCAUUACUUUGGAAGAAAAUUUUAGGCUUUGAGCAAGCAGUUGCAAGAGGGUUUUUCAACUAUGUUAAGGAACAGAAAUAUGAAUCCCACCUCAGAGAGGCUUUGAAGCAUCUGGGUGCUAGUGAAGAUUUAGACAAAGAAGACUUUGGUGUACGGAGAUAUAAAUAUUUAGAAGAUGAUGAUGAAUCUAUUUCUCCUAUAGAAGAUUCCAAUGCAGAAUACAACCAGUUGGAUGAUCAAGAUGACUGUGAUGUCAAAUUAGUGGACAAUAGUUGUUUCAUAAUAAGUACUGAAUUGCCCGAGAAGACAAAGUCAAAGAUGAAAAAGACUGCUAAAGACUAGACAUAACACUCAUAACUACAAGAGAGAUGAAACAUUUGCCUAGGAUAAAGAAAAAUUCCAUGGACAAAGGGAAGAGAAAUGGAAUUUGCAUCGAGGAAAUUAAUGAUUAGUGCUAUAGGAGAAUUUUUUGGAUAUUAAAUUUCUCAUCUUGUACAGUAAGUAAAAUGUGGUAAAAGUUCUCAUGAUAGAUCAAAUUUUUCAGAUUUUCAUGUUUAAUUCUGAUCUGUCAGAAAGAUCCUGAUAUCUGGGUUUGUUUUUUGUUUUGUUUUAGGUUUUUUGGUUAUCUGAUUUUGAGGUCUAUCCUGAUGGGUCCUUUUCAGUAGGUCCUUAUCCUUGGAAACGCCUCAGAAAGCAAAUGUGUAGUUACGCUUUACCCAUUGAUCUCCAUACCAGGUCUAUGGGGAUAAAACUACAAAACAAUUUUAGUUUGAAGCAAUGUGUUCUUUAAAUAUGUUGUGUUAGCUUACUAACAUAAAUUCUAUUUUUAGGUGAAGCCUAUUUGCUGGUUUAGUUAACUCUUCGUUGGAUAUUUUUAGAAUGUUUGUUUACCAAGGAGAAUUCACAGGAUGUGCCCUCUGAACAACAUGAAAUUGGUUUUGAACUAGACAUUGAAUAUUUAAGGAUUAUUUCUGACUUUAAGACCUUUUCAAUAGAGCCUGUUAAAAAUUCAGGAAAGGGACCUGAAAGCCCGUUUGAAUGGGAGAUUCGAAAUUACAUCAUUUAUGGAAAAUCAAAAUUGGAUAACACAGCGGGCCAGCAUUAUAAGUAUUCAUCAAUCACAAAGUGGGAGCAAAAUGGCCUAACCAACAGGUGAAAUAAUCAGAUCAGUCUGACAGAUAUGCCGAGCUGUGUCAUAAUUUAAACAAGCUAAGGUUUCAAGAUGAGUAGAGAUGGAGAAAGACAAGACAAGCAGGAAAAGGAAGAGCCAUCAGAAGAACAGAGCUGUCAUUCUAAAGUAUAGUGCCAUCCACAUAACAACUUUGCUUGGAGAAGCAAUUUUUUAAAAUAUAUUUUGUGAUGGACUUGUUUAAAAUUUCAAUAAAAAUAUUUUUUGGCA